AUGAACAUCCAACGCCCAAGCACUGAACGCGAUUACGCCCCUAUUGCCGACCAUGGCUUAAUCGGGAAUCUGAGGACUGCUGCGCUGGUCAGUCUUGAUGGAUCGAUUGAGAGUUAUUGUGUCCCAAAUUUCGACUCCCCAUCCAUCUUUGCACGCAUCUUGGACAAAAACAAGGGCGGCCAUUUCUCCAUUACACCAACGGUUCCUUUCAGCACCAGGCAGAACUACUUGCCGAGCUCAAACGUGCUACAGACUAAGUUUCUCAACGAGAAGGGCGUAGUUAGUGUCACCGACUUCCUUCCUCGCCAAGAAAAUGGCAAAUCUACGCAUCCGUUACUGUUUUGGCUCAUCAGACGUGUCGAGGUGGUCCGCGGCACCGUCCCGCUGCGCGUUGAAUGCGCUCCCGCCUUCAAUUAUGCCCGAGACCCCCACGCCACCCAAAUCGUCCCCGACGAUACCAUCCCGCUCCAAUUUUCCAAACAAAACAAAGUUGUCUUCACUUCAAGGCCCGCCGCAUCUCCAUAUCUUGCGAGUGGCGCAAGCCCGCAGAGCACGUCGCAUAGCCCGCUCACGCUCGAUUUGCGAUUCCUUCCCGAGUCUUUGCUUGACAAUGUACCUGUGCCUGAGGUGUCUUUAGAGACCCUAGAUCUCAGUGCAAAGGGUCACCUGGGCUUGGCCGCACAGACGGAGUUGACGCUCGUAGAGGGUCAGCGGGUGACGUUUGUGUUGCGGAUUGCGCCUGAGCAUAAAGGUGAUGGUGGGUCUAGUCAUAGUGUAGAUGAAGAGAAAGCAGAGCUACUAGGAGUUGAUUAUCAGAAGCUGAUGGUGGGCGCACAGAAGAUGAGGUCAAAGGAUGAUCCGGUUAUGACCAGCGAACUCCUGGACCACCUGUUCCUCUCUACCAAUAAUUACUGGAACUCUUGGAUCAGGAAAUCCACCUACCAGGGUUCGUGGAAGGAGGCCGUGCACCGAAGUGCAUUGGCGCUAAAGUUGCUCAUCUAUGAACCCACUGGCGCCAUUGUCGCAAGUCCGACAUUCAGCUUACCCGAAUACAUCGGGACUACCGCAUAUAUGGACUUCAUCUUUGAGCGGCUGAAGAACAAGAACCCAGAUGGUUCCUUACAGAUUAUGUACACGAUCCAUGGUGGCAAAGAUCUGGAGGAGAUAGAGCUUCUCCAUCUUGAUGGACACAAAGGUUCUAAGCCUGUUCGUAUUGGCAAUGGUGCAGCCGACCAUGUCCAACUGGACAUUUACGGUGAAUUGAUGGAUUGUAUUUACCUGGGACAGAAGUUCGGCAGACCAUUGUCAUAUGACACAUGGGUAUUGGUUCGGGAACUUGUAGACUUCGUUGUUGCAAACUACAAGAAACCUGACUUAUCCAUAUGGUCAGGAAGUCCGGGGCAGGAGCGCCAUUUCACUUACUCGAAGAUCAUGCUCUGGGUUGCAAUUGAUAGAGGCCUUCGGCUGGCGGACAAGCGUUCUCUCCCUUGUCCCCACCGCCUACAGUGGCUUGCCGCACGCGACGACCUUUAUGAAGAGAUCAUGCACAAGGCGUGGAACAAGGACAUACGGGUCUUCGGGCAGAGUUAUGAAGAGACAGACGUGCUUGAUUCGUCGGUGCUCAUUAUGCCCCUCGUGUUCUUCAUGACGCCGAACCUCGUCUACCGGUAUGAUGUGAACAAAUCUGAUGAUGGCGUAGGAGGUGAGGAAGGCACGUUCUGUCUCUGUACCCUGUGGUGCGUUGAGGCUUUAACUCGUGCCGGUGAGUACGAGAGGCCCCUUUUGCAGCGUGCAGUGGCGAUGUUUGAGGACUUCCUGUUGUAUUUGAAUCACGUGGGCUUGUGUAGUGAGGAAAUCUCGGAGUCAGGCGAGGCGCUUGGAAAUGCCGUCCAGGGUUUCACCCAUGUGACCCUCAUUUCCGCGGCAUACAAUCUUUCGAGGACUCUGGCAAAUCAACGAUCCGUAUAA